GCAGCUGUACCCUCAGCUAAAAGGUGACCAAAUGCUUCCCAUCAGAGUAUUCAUUUUUGUUGCCUUGAUUACAACUGCAUUGGCAGGACCAUGGGCUAUUAUAUGUAAAGGAAAAGUUGAAAAUACUAUCAGGCAACAAGAUAAAUAUGGCAGUGGAAGAUAUGGUGAUCCUAGAGGUACAAGGAAUCACACUGGGGUGGAUGUGGUGUGCCCAGAUGGAUCACUUGUGUAUGCUCCUUUCGAUGGAAUAAUUAGAAGACAGGCAAAACCUUAUAGAACAGAUAAUGCUAUUAAUAAUGGUGUUCAGAUAACUGCAUCAAGUUAUUGCAUCCAGAUAUUCUACAUUUUACCUAUUAAAUAUAUGGGUAACAUCAAGAAGGGAGAGUUACUUGGAAUUGUGUUGCCCAUGCAGAAGGUUUAUCCUGGAAUAACAUCUCAUGUACAUAUUCAGAAUUGUGACCGCACUGAUCCUACUCCAUAUCUGUGA